GGGAAGAUGGCUGGCAGGCGGAAGAUGGCCGGGCCGGGUGCAGGAUAUAUUCAAAAUACCACCGAACAACGAACCUUUUCCCGGUUGGCCGACUUUAAGCCCACCGCUGUUUGCGAGAUGACGUUUCGCGUGGAAUCCGCAAGGUUGUGUUGUAGGUGCUACGGAGAUAUAAAAGGACGCCAGUGAUGGCCAAGUCGAUGGCGGGAGAUAUGGCGGGUAGGGAAUUGCUCGAUGCCAAGUUAGACUACGGUCCAUCGUCCGAUUACAAGUCGCCCUAUUCUGGGAAAUUUCUCAUCCGAUGCCUCGAUGAAUUGAAUUCGGUUCAAGCUCCGCCGUCUUCCUCGCCACGGAAUACAACUUCAUCGACAUAUGUAUGCAGCAGCAGCGGAAUGGACACGCGGGAUAGAUAUAGCUCAAGCUGUGUAGCCGACAGAGAGGCAGCUGAACACGUUCGAACCCGCUCUGCGCCGCCCGACAACAGCCGGUUUGACGCUAUCUAA